UCGCCACAGGUUCUAUUCCCACUCUAUGGGUGUCGUGGACACCCACGAGUGGAAAUAGUCACUGUUGGUAAGCAUGCCAACCAUCGGGAAAGUGAGCUGCUGGGCUCGUGGAGGAGGUCAUGUGACUGUCAGUCAGCUGACCAGCGGUCACAUGAAUACCACCCACCAGUCUCUAGCGCUCAGACAGAGCUGCCGGCUAUGGGAUGAGAGAGGAGGGGGCCCGCACGCAGAGACUGCACAUGGGUCCCAUCCUCUCUAGAUACACCCCUUACUUAAUGUUUGGACAUUUUCUGACCAUGUGUUCUGUAAAACCACUGCAGACCCAAAUGGACUGUGACAGUGCGGAAGAAUAUGCACACAGCUGGAAUGUAUUCCAAGCAUUCUAUGCGUACACCAUUAAUAAAGGGUUUCAGGAAUUAUUUGGUGAAGACAUUGGAAGUGUGCAACAGCAAACAAGAGGUGGAAAAUGUUGCACGGUAUUUGUAUUUCAUGGACCCACAAAAAGCUUCCAUGGAGUUUGUGGAGAACAUAGAAAAAACUAAUCUCUACUUCACAAAGCUUGGAGAAACAGGUCUCUGUAGCCAAACACAAUUUAAUUAUUUAAAAAGUAUACGGAGAUUUAUACAAUAUCAGACAACAGACACCAAUCUUGGAGCAACUGAUCCACAGCUAUUUCAAGCCUGCAGACAUUUUCUUAAAGUAAUCAAUGCAAUUCAGAAAAAACUGUGUAAAGGUGUAUCGAGGGAAAAGGUCAUCAAAAAGUACAAAAGAUUGACAAAAGAUCCAUUGCAGCCACUGGAUUGUAAUCAGCUACUAGAUGUUGCAAAACCAGAUUUCCUGAAUUGCAUCUACAGGGCUGAUAUCGGUGAUAAACUGUUGGUCAAAGAUAAGAUCUGUAUUCUGUACUAUCUAGAGGCAUUACUUAUCUUGAAACACCUCCAAAGACCUGGAGUGGUUGCUAAUAUGACUGUUGAGGAAUGGCAUGAAAGGGUUCGUCACACCUUCACAUCAGAAUGUAUUUCCGAAAUCCUUGUUAUCAUAGGAGUUAAAAACCAUAAAACUGCUGCAAAUCAAGUGGAGACGUUUGCGCUCACAGAAGAAGAAGAAAUGUGGUUCAAAACUUAUUUUGAUGUGGUACGGCCUUCAUUAGUAAAAGAAGAUAAUCCCCAAGAAGCAUUUUUUAUAUCAACAUCGGGAAAUAAAAUAUAUAAAGUUUCUAACGACCUUCGUCACUUUCAUGUAAAGCAUAGACUGCAAAAUAUUACAAGCCAGAUGGUACGGAGGGCAUGUGAAACUUGGAUUUUAUCUCAGUACUCUGAUGUUCAGAAGAGUCUCUUUGCCAAAUAUCUGGGACAUACCAACUUGACAGCAGAUCGACAUUAUAGGGAAAAGACAUUACAUAACAUAUGUCUUGGCUCAAGACUGGUCACCCAGCUUGGAUAUAAGAGUGAAGGAGUGGACACACAAAAAAGUUCAGGGGAAGAACUUCAAGACCAAUCAUUGUCACAUUGGCAUCACUGUAAAAAAGAAAGGAAAGAUCGACACUAUAAGAAGAGAGUAAAGAAUAUAAUCAGGGCAUUCCCAGCACAGCGCCCAUCAAUUGUCAAGUUAACAAAGUACAUAAAAAAAAAUAAAUGGAAAUUUAGUGUAAAUGAGGUAAAACUUCUUGUGGAAACAUGGAAGCCCAGGCCAUUUCAGUGUUGGAAACACUGCAAGGAUUUGAAAAAACAUAUCCGCUUGCAGAAUUGGAAAGGGCUGAAAACUACCACAGAUAAAGAAAGUGGAAGAAAGAAAGUGAAGUCUAAGAGGGCUUUCCUUAAAGGGGAAGCAAUAUGUGACUUCCAUGGAGAACAGAUAGGUGCCAAAAAAGGCAGAAAAAUGCAAAAAAAUAAAAAGAACUGUCAUGACCUCUAUUUUUAUAAGGAUACAGAAGGCAAGUCAUGGUGUAUCAAUCCAUCCUGUGCAUGCCACACUCGGACAUAUUCCAAAUUAAUGUGGAAAUCCAGUACAGAAUUUAAUGUGAUCCCAACAUACACAACCAAAUUUGGUAUUCUCCUCCUAGCUGCAGAAAACAUUCCAGCCAAUCAGAAUUUAAAAUAUUAUGUUGAAAAAUAGGUUGGCAAUAAUCAAUGUUAUCUUUUUAUUAUGAUUCUUUUUACUAUUGUUUGUCCUCAAACAAUGGACUAAUGACAGGUCAGCUCUGCUGUGUAGCUUGAAUACAUAGAAAGCUUCGAAUAGUUCAGAACAAAUAACCACUCAAUUGUUUGCAAA